CGCUCGUCGUGCCGUGCUCGCAUUUCCUGACCGCCAACAUUUUUAGACCGGCAGUAUUUUCACGUCGCCAUCCAUCGCAGGAGACCCCUCCCCCGGCCCGCGCCAGCGCCAGUCGCCAAUCGCUCACCGACAAGCAGUCGCCAGUCUUUCUUCCUAGAUGCCCCCCGAUUGUCCAGCCGUGCAGUCUCCGGCACAAUGGGUAGACGGCCGAAUGCUCUGAUUCUGCAGUAUUUCGAGCGAGGCCCAAAGCUGCAGGACCAGAGCAAUCGUUAUCCUCAUACUUGUAAAUCAUGCGGAGAGCACUUCCCACGAGGCCGUCUCGACAGCUUGACAACCCACCUUACCAAGAAAUGUCCCGCCAUUGGCGAAGCCGACCGUGUUAAUGCCAUCUUUACCCUCUCCGGAAUGAGCCAUGCUUCCCACCGACUACAACAAACGCAGCACGCCCAGGGCCAGGUACAACAGCCCUUGCAGGUCCCGACCCAGGUCAAUGGCGUCAAUGGCUCUCCAGUGGAUCUUCCCAUGAUACAGCGCGACCUCCAGCGUGAUUGGACUGCUCUCGGAGUGCUGGCCGAGGUUUCGAGGCAGAUUGACAUGAGCGAGAAGAACGACGAUCGCGUCCCUCUACACCCAAAUGUCUCGUCGGGUACCGUACUAGGCGCCGCGACCUCACAAUCUGUCGAACACUUUGUUGUGCAGGAUCAAGGAAAUGUAGAGCAUCCACAUCAGACCGACGAGCAUACUGUUUUGGGCGAGCAACCAAAGCCCGAACCAGUUGCACCGACAGAUGAAGAACGAGUUCUCACCGCCGAAGAGAGAUUACACGAGAUACUACGGGUGGAGGAAAACGCCAAUGCCGACGCCGCCAACAUAUCGAUGGCCGCAGCUGCCGCUGCUCGACUACACCAUGGGCUUCUUGACCCUCAGCUGCUAGGGCAAGAAGCUGCCGCCGCUGCCGAGGCCGCAAGUGCGACUGCCGCUGCCGCCGCCGCAGUAGCGAGCAGUCUUUCGGCUUCCGAACAAGCCCACCAAUCCCACCAAAGUCCGCCCGAAGUGUCGCCAUCUAUCCCCGCGACUACGCCCUCCCAACCCUGGGGCGAGAUCACCUACACGGCCGAUGCUUUCCAAACAAUGCCGGCUGGCGACUCUGUUCCUCAUACAACGGCAUCGCUUACCAAAGGCGGGUUCCGUCUCGAGACAACCUCCAAAGCCCGUCAUUCGCGAGCGAGGUUCAAUGCGACAAGGAGAAAGCAGGUUCAAGAGGUGCGCAAGAUUGGCGCGUGUAUCCGCUGCAGGGUUUUGCGAAAGACUUGCUCCCCUGGAGAACCUUGCGACACAUGCCGCAAGGUCUUGUCACCGCGUGUAUGGCGUUCUGGUUGUGUACGUACCAAGUUCUCAGAGCAGCUCGAUCUGUACUCUGCUGGCGUUCAGAUCGUCCUAGCGCAAGGCAGGAUCAACACUUUCAAGCAAGCCAUGGUCCUUAGCAACCACGGUCUAGUUAUCGAAGCGUGCCACUUCCCGGAGCUUUCUUCGCAUUUGCGACUUCAGGUUUUACAGCGUGAUGGGAUCAGGGAAGCAGACGGAAAGGUGACCACGGCAGUACCGUCAGAUAAACCUUUGGAUUACCCAAUCAUCAUGGUUGACAACGACACACAAGACGUUCCUGCCCGUCUCGAGUCAUAUAUGCGUGAGGUUCUUCCAGAGCUCAUUAAGCGGGAGCCGUCCAACUUCAUGCAAGUUACACUACAAACCGCCCUCGAAAUUGCAAGCACGACCAACGACGAACUACUCAAGAAAUCUCUCGAACUCUGGGGGCUAGUGGAAAUAUUGGAUAGAGAGCGCCAAUGGACAAUUUCGGUAAAGUCCACUCUUGACGAUACCGUCAUCAGUCACAUUAAGGAGGAGACCCACGAAGAAGUUUUCACCACGAUUUGUCUGCAGCUCGCGGCGGCAGCAGAACGGAAAGCGGCUGCUACAAGCAAAACCCUUCUUACAGGCAUGCAGAGAGUGCUGCAAGACAGCAAAGUCAAGAUCGACUUCGGCAUGUACUUUGCGACCCUGAUCCUGUUGAACUGUGUCGAGAAAUCGACGUGGGCUUUCAAGGCCUGGGAACAACCCAACCUGAGGACGAUGUGGCCAUUAGAAAAGGACCCAGGAAGCUUUGCCCAGCAGGGCUAUGUCAUCGCCGAUUUGCUGCGGAUGCUCUUGACGAUCCGUAAAGCCCUCCCGCGCACAGCUCACCGAGAGGCGGAUGGCAAACUGGUGACGGAGGAACAAGAUCCUGCUAUCAAAGCGUACUUUGAAGCAAUUAGUCUCAACUUCAUCCAAAUUAAAUCAAAACAAGAGCAACCAGUAUUCUCUCCUACUGAUCCUCGAUCCUUCGAGUUCCUCUUUUCCUCGACACUGUUACUCCCAGCGACGGAAUAAGUAACUCCUAUUUGUUAAAAUGGUCAAUCAUGUCAGAAGAAUAAAUGGCAUUCAGUCAGCGUGCUCAACAUGUCGGCGCGUCUGAAGCCAUGCAGAUGACGAAUGUAUCUGGCAUUCACAUCCUUCUGCUCACCCCACGGCUUCCCUAGUACUCUCAAGCUGCUUUUACGCAGCACUUGAAAGGAAAGCAGUUCCUUUUCUAUUUUGAUACCGGCGUUACGCACACUAUCACGAAUUAGAUGUCAUGGGUGGGUGAGAUGGGAAAAGUUCUCACCCUCGGUCGGUCGGUGUUUCAUCAUCAAUUUAACAAGCUUAGAGAUGGGAAGCGGGCGGCACAGAAAUCAGGUUCGAGUGAAUCUUCAUCACAGACAUCAACGGGCAUACCUUAUGGAUGUUCUUUCUUGUUUUUACUCUGUGUGUUUUUUUUUUUUUUUUUUUUUUUUUGUUCUCGAUAAAAUCUUCACGCGGGAAUGGGAUUACGUUUUGAUAG